AUGGAGAUAAACAUGGAAAAUGUUGGUAACAUUGACCCACUUAUUUCACAAGAUAGUGCACACCAACUAGCUCCCUUUGAGACACCUAAUGAUGAGACAAUUGAUAAAAAAGAUACAGGUGAUAAUAUAGAAGCAUUGGUAGAAACAAAGAAAGGAGGACUUAGGAGUAAGGCUUGGGAUCAUUUUAUAAAGGUGAAAGUUAAUGGGGAGGAUAAGGCUCAAUUUAAAUAUUGCAAGAAAUGUCCUGGUGAAAAGUCAAGCAAUGGAACGAAACACUUACUUCAACAUAUGGAGACAUGCAUUCAUCGCAAAAUUCAUGAGAACAAGACUACAAAAGGAAAAACAUUUCUCAUGCCAAAGAGCUCACAAGGAAAGCAAGAAUUAGGAGUUGGUACUUAUAAUGCUGAAAAUUCAAGGAAAGAGCUUGCAUGUGCAAUAAUUAUGCAUGAGUAUCCACUUUCAAUUGUAGAUCAUAUUGGUUUUCGAUGA